CGGAGCCCCGCAGCCAGCGCAGCCUUCCCGGGAAGCGGGGCCGCCGCUCGCGAGCGCAGCCCUGCCCAGCCCGCCAGCCGCGCGUCCGGGUGCCCGCGCCCCACGGCCACAGCCUAGCUGCGCUAUAGCUCACGGAGCAUGUGCAGACCUACAGGCGCUAAGGUGCUAUCUGUCCGGGGGACUUAUGAGCAGUCGUGACUGUCACGCCUAGAGAGACCUUUCGGGGGCUGUCGCCGCGCCUCUGCGUCGCGGGUGACACUGCGGUGCUCGCGGUUAGGGCAGCAGCUGCCUCUUGGUGGAGGCGUCUUGGGCUCCGUGCGUCCUCCCUCUCCUUCCUCCUCUGCUCGCGCCUUCCUCCCCCCGCUGCUCGCUGCUUCCCUCACCCUCACACCCGCAGCCUCCCGGAGCGGGAAGCCACGCGGCCCCGCCGUUCCUCUCCCAAAGGGGCCUCCUCACUUCGGAGAUGCAGUGACAAGUUAAUAUGGGCGUCCAAGCCUCGGUUUCCCAGGAGGAGAAUCGAAAGAGGGAACAGCCCCUGAGCGCCCAGAUCCCUUGAACAGGCCGCCUAGGACGCGCGAGAAACCCGCCUUCAGCAUCCAUCCAGGUGGAACCAGCUGAGCGCAGCGACCAGUCCCUCUGCCCCAUCCUACAACCCGAAGGCGCGCUCGCCGGUUUGCUCUGACUCCCAGACCCGGGGCUUUCUUUUUCUUUUUUUUUUUUUUUUCCUCCGCUGGUGGUGGGCGCCUCGCGGGCCGAGGCCCGGCGCCUGCUCUGCUGCCCGCGCUGCCUUUAGCGGUCGCCUCCGCCGCCGCUGCCAGGGACGUGCUGGGAAAGCCGAAGCCCCGGGAGAAGAUGCCGGCCAUCCUGGUCGCCUCCAAAAUGAAGUCGGGACUGCCCAAACCCGUGCACAGCGCCGCGCCCAUCCUGCACGUGCCCCCAGCCCGGGCCGGCCCCCAGCCCUGCUACCUCAAGCUGGGAAGCAAGGUGGAGGUGAGCAAGACUACCUACCCUAGCCAGAUCCCCCUGAAAUCCCAGGGGCUGCAGGAGCCGGCGGGGGAGGGGCUCCCGCUGCGGAAGAGCGGCUCGGUGGAAAACGGGUUCGAUACCCAGAUCUACACGGACUGGGCCAAUCAUUAUUUAGCCAAGUCGGGCCACAAACGUCUCAUCAAGGACCUCCAGCAAGAUGUGACAGACGGCGUCCUCCUGGCUCAGAUUAUCCAGGUUGUGGCCAAUGAGAAGAUUGAAGACAUCAAUGGCUGUCCCAAGAACAGAUCACAAAUGAUUGAAAACAUAGAUGCCUGCUUGAAUUUCCUGGCAGCUAAGGGAAUAAACAUCCAGGGGCUGUCUGCAGAAGAAAUCAGGAAUGGCAACCUCAAGGCCAUCCUAGGCCUCUUCUUCAGCCUGUCCCGGUACAAACAGCAGCAGCAGCAGCCCCAGAAGCAGCACCUCCCUGCUCCACUGCCGCCUGCCGCGUCCCAGGCGGCCGGGGCCCCCUCCCAGUGCCAGGCUGGCACUCUUCAGCAACAGGUGCCGGCCACUCCCCAAGCCCCGGGCCAGCCUCUCCAGCCAGCGCCACAUCAGCAGUCAAAAGCACCAGCUGAAAUGCAGUCCAGUGCAUCAUCCAAGGACUCCUCUCAAAGCAAAAUCAUCCGCUUCACUCUGGGUCAGAAAAAGAUCUCUAGGCUUCCAGGUCCUACUGCAAGGGUAUCCACUGCAGGCAGUGAAGCCAAAACACGUGGAGGGUCAGCCACUGCCAACAACCGACGCAGCCAGAGCUUUAACAACUAUGACAAGUCCAAACCGGUCACCUCCCCACUUCCACCACCACCGCCAAGCAGCCACGAGAAAGAGCCGUUGGCGAGCCCAGCCUCCUCCCACCCCGGAAUGAGUGAAAAUGCACCUGUUCCUCUGGAAAGUGGCAGCAGCCCCUCCCCUGCUAACAGCGGCACCUCCUCGGCCAUCCCCCAGCCCGGUGCUGCCUCCAAGCCCUGGCGCAGCAAGUCGGUCAGCGUGAAGCACAGUGCCACGCCGUCCAUGCUCUCGGUCAAGCAGCCCGUGCCCGAGGCCCCCAGGCCCAGCCCUGAAGCCAUGAAGCCAGCCCCCAACAGUCAGAGGUCCAUGCUGGAAAAACUAAAGCUUUUCAACAGCAAAGGGGGUUCCAAGGCAGGCGAGGGCCCGGGGUCGCGGGACACGAGCUGUGAGCGGCUCGAGAUUCUACCCAGCUUUGAAGAGAGCGAAGAGACGGAAGCCACCAGUCGCUCGCUGUCCACGGCGGGUCCCGCUUCCAACAGCCCCAAGAUCGCCCUCAAGGGCAUCGCCCAGAGAACUUUUAGCCGGGCGCUGACCACCAAGAAGAGUUCCCCGAAAGGCAACGAGAAGGAAAAGGAGAAACAACAGCGGGAGAAGGAAAAGGAGAAAAGCAAGGACCUCGCCAAGAGAGCCUCUGUGACAGACAGGCCGGACCUUAAAGAGGGGCCGAAAGAAGACCCCAGCGGGGCGGCAGUGACUGAGAUGCCAAAAAAGUCCUCCAAGAUCGCCAGCUUCAUCCCCAAGGGGGGGAAGCUCAACAGUGCCAAGAAGGAGGCCACAGCCCCUUCCCACAGUGGAAUACCAAAACCAGGAAUGAAGAGCCUGCCCGGGAAGUCCCCAAGUGCCCCUGCCCCUUCCAAGGAGGGGGAGCGGAGCCGGGGUGGGAAGCCGAGCUCGGGGCUCCCCCAGCAGAAGCCCCAGCUGGACGGCAGACACUCCAGUUCCUCCUCCAGCCUGGCGUCCUCAGAAGGAAGAGGCCCUGGAGGGACCACCCUGAACCACAGCAUCAGCAGCCAGACCGUCAGCGGGUCCGUCGGGACCACCCAGACCACAGGAAGCAAUACCGUCAGUGUUCAGCUACCUCAGCCCCAGCAGCAAUACAACCAUCCCAACACUGCCACCGUCGCGCCUUUCCUGUACAGGUCCCAGACAGACACCGAAGGGAAUGUUACUGCUGAAUCCAGCUCCGCGGGCGUGAGCAUGGAACCCACCCACUACACUAAGAGUGGACAGCCUGCUCUGGAGGAGCUCACUGGGGAAGACCCUGAAGCUCGACGGCUGCGAACAGUGAAGAACAUCGCUGACCUGCGGCAGAACUUGGAGGAGACCAUGUCUAGUUUACGGGGAACUCAGGUCACACACAGCACAUUGGAAACCACAUUUGACACCAACGUCACCACGGAGAUAAGUGGGCGCAGUAUCCUCAGCCUGACAGGCAGACCCACUCCUCUGUCCUGGAGACUCGGCCAGUCCAGCCCCCGGCUCCAAGCGGGAGAUGCCCCCUCUAUGGGCAACGGGUACCCGCCUCGAGCCAACGCCAGCCGGUUCAUCAACACCGAGUCGGGCCGCUACGUGUACUCUGCCCCUCUGAGGAGGCAGCUGGCCUCCAGGGGAAGCAGCGUCUGCCACGUGGACGUCUCAGACAAGGCAGGAGACGAGAUGGACCUGGAAGGCAUCAGCAUGGACGCCCCCGGCUACAUGAGUGACGGGGACGUUCUGAGCAAGAACAUCCGGACUGAUGACAUCACAAGCGGGUACAUGACCGAUGGUGGACUUGGCCUCUAUACUCGUCGCCUGAACCGGCUCCCUGAUGGGAUGGCUGUGGUGCGGGAGACCCUACAGAGAAAUACCUCCCUGGGCCUCGGAGAUGCCGACAGCUGGGAUGACAGCAGCUCCGUCAGCAGCGGCAUCAGCGACACCAUAGACAACCUCAGCACCGAUGACAUCAACACCAGCUCCUCCAUCAGUUCCUAUGCCAACACACCUGCCUCCUCUCGCAAAAACCUCGAUGUGCAGACCGACGCUGAGAAGCACUCACAGGUGGAGAGGGGUUCCCUGUGGUCGGGCGAUGAUGUCAAGAAGUCAGACGGAGGGUCAGACAGCGGCAUAAAGAUGGAGCCAGGGUCUAAGUGGAGGCGGAAUCCCUCGGACGUGUCUGACGAGUCUGACAAAAGCACGUCGGGCAAGAAGAAUUCUGUCAUCUCCCAGACGGGCUCGUGGCGACGAGGCAUGACGGCUCAGGUGGGCAUCACCAUGCCCAGGACGAAGGCGGCUGCCCCGGCAGGCACGCUCAAGACCCCAGGCACUGGAAAGACAGACGAUGCAAAGGUGUCUGAGAAAGGAAGGCUGUCUCCCAAAGCCUCCCAGGUGAAGCGGUCCCCAUCCGACGCAGGCCGCAGCAGUGGUGAUGAGUCCAAGAAGUCCCUCUCGGGCAGCUCCAGGACGCCCACUGCCAAUGCCAACAGCUUUGGGUUCAAGAAGCAGAGCGGCUCGGCCGCUGGUCUGGCCAUGAUCACAGCCAGUGGUGCUACCGUCACCAGCCGGUCGGCCACGCUGGGCAAGAUCCCAAAGUCGUCUGCGCUCGUCGGUCGGUCUACCGGCCGGAAGACGAGCAUGGACGGGGCUCAGAAUCAGGACGAUGGGUAUCUGGCUCUCAGCUCCCGGACGAACUUGCAGUACCGGAGUUUGCCCAGGCCCAGUAAGUCCGCCAGCCGGAACGGGGCUGGGAACAGGUCUAGCACCAGCAGCAUAGAUUCCAACAUCAGCAGCAAGUCCGCAGGCCUGCCUGUGCCCAAGCUGAGGGAGCCUUCCAAAACGGCCCUGGGCAGUUCUCUGCCGGGUCUGGUCAACCAGACGGAUAAGGAGAAAGGCAUCUCGUCCGACAACGAGAGUGUGGCUUCCUGUAACUCUGUGAAAGUGAACCCAGCAUCCCAGCCUAUGUCCAGUGCGGCUCAGGCUGCUCUCCAGCCAGGGGCCAAGUACCCCGAUGUGGCCUCUCCCACGCUCCGCAGACUCUUUGGUGGGAAGCCGACCAAGCAAGUGCCCAUUGCCACAGCUGAAACCAUGAAAAACUCGGUGGUGAUCUCCAAUCCUCACGCCCCCUCCACCCAGCAAGGUAACUUAGAGUCCCCCUCAGGCAGCGGCGCCCUGAGCAGCGGGAGCAGCAGCCCUCUCUACAGUAAGAAUGUGGAUAGCAACCAGUCUCCUCUAGCCUCCAGCCCCAGCUCAGGCCACUCGGGCCCCUCCAACAGCCUCACCUGGGGCACCAAUGCCAGCAGCUCCUCCGCGGUCAGCAAGGACGGCCCGGGCUUCCAGUCCGUCAGCAGCCUCCACACCAGCUGCGAGUCCAUUGACGUCUCCCUGGGCAGCGGAGGGGGCCUGAGUCACAAUUCCUCCACGGGCCUCAUCGCCCCCUCUAAAGACGACUCCCUGACCCCCUUCGUCAGAACCAACAGUGUAAAGACCACACUGUCGGAAAGCCCUCUCUCUUCCCCUGCCGCUAGCCCUAAGUUCUGCAGAAGUACUCUGCCCAGGAAACAGGACAGUGACCCGCACCUUGAUAGGAACACUUUGCCUAAGAAAGGACUCAGGUAUACUCCCACCUCCCAGCUUCGCACACAAGAAGACGCAAAAGAAUGGUUACGGUCCCACUCUGCAGGAGGCCUACAGGACACCGCUGCCAGUUCCCCUUUUUCCUCUGGCUCCAGUGUAACUUCUCCCUCCGGAACAAGAUUCAACUUUUCCCAGCUUGCAAGUCCCACCACUGUUACCCAGAUGAGCUUGUCCAACCCAACCAUGCUGAGGACCCACAGCCUCUCCAAUGCCGAUGGGCAGUAUGACCCGUACACUGACAGCCGAUUCCGGAAUAGCUCCAUGUCCCUGGAUGAGAAGAGCAGAACCAUGAGCCGCUCGGGGUCAUUCCGAGAUGGGUUUGAAGAAGUUCACGGAUCCUCGCUCUCCUUGGUUUCCAGCACGUCUUCAAUUUAUUCUACGCCAGAAGAAAAGUGCCAGUCAGAGAUUCGCAAGCUGCGGCGGGAGCUGGAUGCCUCACAGGAAAAGGUUUCAGCUUUGACCACCCAGCUGACAGCAAACGCUCACCUGGUGGCAGCCUUUGAACAGAGUCUUGGAAACAUGACAAUCAGGCUCCAGAGUUUGACCAUGACGGCUGAGCAAAAGGAUUCAGAGCUGAAUGAGUUAAGAAAAACCAUCGAGCUGCUAAAGAAACAGAAUGCAGCUGCUCAGGCUGCCAUUAAUGGAGUAAUUAACACACCAGAGCUCAACUGCAAAGGUAUAAAAGCCAUUCCCUGGGACAAAGGACUGGGCUCCAGGCAGCAGCUGCUGAUCUCCUGCCUUGGGUCUCCAGGAAAUGGUACCUCCCAGUCUGCAGACCUCCGCAUCCGCAGACAGCACUCCUCUGACAGCGUCUCCAGCAUCAACAGUGCCACCAGCCACUCCAGUGUGGGCAGCAACAUAGAGAGUGACUCGAAGAAGAAGAAGAGGAAGAAUUGGGUCAAUGAGUUACGCAGCUCCUUCAAGCAAGCCUUCGGGAAGAAGAAGUCCCCCAAGUCGGCAUCCUCUCAUUCAGACAUCGAGGAGAUGACAGAUUCUUCGUUGCCUUCCUCGCCAAAGUUACCACACAAUGGCUCCACGGGUUCCACUCCGCUGCUGAGGGGCUCUCACUCCAACUCCCUAAUUUCAGAGUGCAUGGACAGUGAAGCCGAGACAGUCAUGCAGCUCCGAAAUGAGCUGAGAGACAAGGAGAUGAAGCUGACAGACAUCCGCCUAGAAGCCCUCAGCUCCGCACACCAGCUCGACCAGCUCCGGGAGGCCAUGAACAGGAUGCAGAGUGAGAUAGAGAAGCUGAAAGCUGAGAACGACCGGCUAAAGUCGGAGUCUCAAGGCAGCGGGUGCAGCCGGGCGCCCUCCCAGGUGUCUCUCUCCGCCUCCCCUAGGCAGUCCAUGGGCCUCUCCCAGCACAGCUUGAACCUCACCGAGUCAACCAGCCUGGACAUGUUGCUGGAUGACACUGGUGAAUGCUCGGCUCGGAAGGAAGGAGGCAGGCAUGUUAAGAUAGUUGUCAGCUUUCAGGAGGAAAUGAAGUGGAAGGAGGAUUCCAGACCACACCUCUUUCUUAUUGGCUGCAUUGGAGUUAGUGGCAAGACGAAGUGGGAUGUGCUCGAUGGGGUGGUUAGACGACUCUUCAAAGAGUACAUCAUUCACGUCGACCCCGUGAGUCAGCUGGGGCUGAAUUCAGAUAGCGUUCUGGGCUACAGCAUUGGGGAAAUCAAGCGCAGCCACACCUCGGAGACCCCCGAGCUUCUUCCCUGUGGCUAUCUGGUCGGAGAGAACACGACCAUCUCCGUGACUGUCAAAGGGCUCGCGGAGAACAGCCUGGACUCGCUGGUGUUCGAAUCCCUGAUCCCCAAGCCCAUCCUGCAGCGCUACGUCUCCCUGCUGGUGGAGCACCGGCGGAUCAUCCUCUCCGGCCCCAGCGGCACCGGGAAAACCUACCUGGCCAACCGGCUGUCCGAGUACCUGGUGCUUCGGGAGGGACGGGAGCUGACAGACGGCGUCAUCGCUACCUUCAACGUGGACCACAAGUCCAGCAAGGAAUUGCGCCAGUACCUGUCCAACCUUGCUGACCAAUGCACCAGCGAGAACAACGCUGCAGACAUGCCCCUCGUCAUCAUCCUGGACAACCUGCAUCACGUCAGCUCCCUGGGCGAGAUCUUCAAUGGGCUGCUCAACUGCAAGGACCAUAAAUGCCCUUACAUAAUUGGCACAAUGAACCAGGCUACCUCUUCUACCCCCAACCUGCAGCUUCACCACAACUUCAGGUGGGUGCUUUGUGCCAACCACACAGAGCCCGUGAAGGGCUUCCUUGGCCGGUUCCUAAGGCGGAAGCUCAUGGAAACAGAGAUCAGUGGGCGGGUACGGAAUAUGGAGCUGGUAAAAAUCAUUGACUGGAUUCCCAAGGUCUGGCAUCACCUCAACCGCUUCCUGGAGGCUCACAGCUCCUCGGAUGUCACCAUAGGCCCCCGGCUCUUCCUGUCCUGCCCCAUCGAUGUGGAUGGCUCGAGGGUGUGGUUCACCGACUUGUGGAACUACUCAAUUAUCCCCUAUCUCCUCGAAGCCGUCAGAGAAGGACUCCAGCUCUACGGAAGGCGGGCCCCCUGGGAGGAUCCUGCCAAGUGGGUGAUGGAGACCUACCCCUGGGCAGCCAGCCCACAGCAACACGAGUGGCCCCCCCUGCUGCAGCUCCGGCCUGAGGACGUCGGCUUUGAUGGCUACUCCAUACCUCGGGAAGGGUCUGCGAGCAAGCAGGUGCCCCCCAGUGACGCUGAAGGAGACCCGCUGAUGAACAUGCUGAUGAGGCUGCAGGAGGCGGCCAACUACUCCAGCCCCCAGAGCUAUGACAGCGACUCCAACAGCAACAGCCAUCACGAUGAUAUCCUGGACUCGUCCCUAGAGUCUACUCUGUGACAGGGGCCAGCCAUGGAGCCCGCCCACCUCCCCCGGUCCUUGCCCUGCUCCACCUGCGUCCCCUGCACCAUCCUGAACAUGCCCUCCUGAGCCAGCCCCCCAGCUGCAGUGUGAGAGCUGCAGGGAUACCCAGACCCCUCAUCCUCCAGCCUUGGCCCCGGGUGCAGGCCUCCCGGGCCGGCCGCCUUGGGACCGCUUCCUUCCACAGUGAGAACUGCACUAUCUUCCGUUUAUUUUAAUUAUUGUUUGCCUUGUUGCUGUGACCUCCCUAAGACACUGAAGACACUUCUCGGGAAAGGAUUGUCACCGUUGAAAUGAAAAGAUUAUAAAAGAAAAAAAAAAAAAAAAAACAAACCAAGAACCCACUAGAAGCUCUGAAACCAAACAGCAUCCUGCCAAGGAGCUGCCCAGGGCAGAAGAGGCCGGAACCAAGCUGGAAAUGUGGACUCCCUAGCUUCCACUCAGCCCAGAAACCGCAACCGGGUGGUGUCGCCAGCACCCCCGCAUCUGCCUCCCCGCCUUCGUCCCCAUCGACCCCGGAAGAGAACUGUGUUAACUAGGGCACUACAGAGCUACAACACAGGGAAACCUUAAGGAAAAGCAAAGCGC